AUGGGAGAAUUGGCUUUGAAGGUAGUCACCGGGGAUGUUGAGUUUCUUCUUGAAAAAAAUGAUAUUGGUUCCCAGUACGGUUGUGUACUCGCAGUUUCUCAAUCUGGUUCUGUGUUAUCCUCCGGACUGAAAGUGGGUGCACUUAUUGUAUCUGUUGGUGGGAUUCCACUUAGUGGAUUAAAUCGUGAAGAAUUGCGAACCCUCAUUAACGACUCCACCAAUUCUGGUGAAUUAAAACUGAAAAUAAUGGAUAAUGAGGGUGAAAGGUAUUGUUCUUUUCCCUUGGAAACUAGUGACAAGGAAAUAUGUCAAACAGUAGAUAAAGAUACUGAACUCAAACCGGAUAGGUUGGAAUUGGAAAACUUGCGCAUAAUACAUAAGCAAGCAUAUCGAUCUUCUCCGGAUAGUGUCAGAUCACAGCAUAAUUCACAGAAUACUUCUGUUGACACACGUGGCCCUCAAAUUAAUUUUAAACCUAAACAUUCUUCUGUUUGUCCUGCUGUUACCGAUUCAUACGGAUCUCAUUUGGGUGCAGUUGCCAAACUGGCUAUCGAUGGCGGACUUACUACUGAUCAACUACUUCAAAUAGGAUCUUCAGACAUAAAUCAACCCGGUCAUUAUUUGUAUCAAUCAUCUAUCAACUGCGAUCAGAAAUGUGUGGCUCCAGAUCUCAAAUAUAGCUCUUCAGAUCCACGUGACGCAAAAUUUUUGACUGCUCAUUCUUCUGCACCAUACUCACAAAUCUGUCGUAUUUCUCCUGGGGCAAUAGAAGACCGUCCAUCCAAUACUCCACCUCUAGCUUCUACUUUUGUCACGGACAAUAUAGGUGCUACUGACAUAGUUCGUUUGGGACCGGGUAACAUUGUUACUCGUGCUCCAGCUGGUUCAACCGUAUACAGUCCAUCGAGUUUGAUCCGGAUGCAUUAUUCUCCGAAACCGUAUGUUGGAAUGGGAAUAACUGGAACUCCAUAUGUCCCAGUAGUAUCUACACUCACAAUCUCCAAUCUUAAUGUCCCAUCACCUGUAUUAUCAGAUGGAAGUGAUACUUGUUUAUGUUCAAAACCGACUAUCAAUUCUGAACCAAAUAUUUCGACUACGUGCUUAGAUUUGGGUACAACGAAAACACCUGAACCAAUUUUCCGUUGUUCAACAUCUUCUCCAAGUCCUACAGAAAUGUCUCCAUCAAUACUGAACCGACCAGGAAUAAAACGAAACUAUGUGAAUCCCACUCUACGGUCUUCAGCACCAGUAACAUCCGCAUCUCAAUAUAUACCUACUGCUAAAAACUCUAUCACUGAUUCCUACCUACCUCAUCCGAAGCCCUUUAACUUACAUAACUCACCAAGUUCACAGGUAGCUCGAACAGUCAGACAUCUUCGACGUAUUCGACAUAUAUUUGGUGAUUCUAUUGGAUACACUAGCUCUGUAACAUCAGCCUCUACAGGUGCACUUACGGAUGAGGAUAAAGAUUCUGUUUGUUCACCUAAAGUUGGACAUCUACGAUCUCAUGGAUACCACUCUGUUGAAUCUGUUAGGCGUUCAAGUUUGCUAUGUGAUUGUUCUCCAGAUCAUAUUAGGGAUAUGAACGAUAAGAAAUCUAUCCAAAUUAACAAUUCAUAUCCUUCACAUGCUGUAAUUGCAUCUAUCAAUUGGAAUGACUCAGAAACACAGGAUUUCAAAAAAUCAUUACUAUGGUACAAUUACCAUAUGGUACUAUCAGGUCAGACUUUGGUUUUAACACGAGAAAAAGAUUUAAGUCAGGUUGACCCUAGUGAUAAUUUAGAUCAUGUUCAUAUUCCGCUAUCUGGAGAAAGUAUAGUUUGGCAUUCACUUACUGAAUUACCUGGCUUUACAUGUCCAUCUUCAUCUCAUUGUAAUCCCAAAACUGGAGUUAUCGGUGUGCUAAACAGUUCAAAAUUGAACUUGACGUGUUGUUUACAUUUUCCAGAUCGUCAAACAGCCUGUUGUAUCUUUGAUCAUUUCGGACCUCAAAAGGCCCGUAAAGACUCAAAGGAGAAACAGUCUACCGCUCCUUCAUCACAAACUGCUUUACCAUUGCAUGGGUCGCGUUCUAAAUUCCCCUCGGGACGGUCUAGUCUUGGUCUUGCUGGACCUUCUGGUGUAACACCAUUAUUUAAAGCAAUGGGAACUGCAGCAGCAUCCGUCGGUCUACAGCUCACUGAUUACGUGAACCUUCCGAGUGCAUUGCAUUUAGUUCCUACUUCUCAAACGUCAACUUCAGCAGGAAAUGGUGAUGUCAGCAAAUCAAAAGGUGAUCAGGCUUUGACAACUAAGUUAUCUUAUUCACCUGAUUCCACAACACAAUCCAAUAAAUCUAAAGAGCUUAGAUUUCUACCUUCUUAUCCUCGAGGUCGUGGACGUUUGCAGCAAGCACUUACUCGAAUGAGACGUGCAGCUACAGCAUCAUGUGAUCCUACUAGUCGUUCUAACUCUAAUGUAACAACACGUAGAUUUGCUUCAUCACAUGGUUUCGGGAAAAGCAAGUCUAGCCUAAUAAGUUCCCCUGUCAAAACCUCUACUGAACCUAUAAAUUGUUCAAUCGAAUUAGAAAAUAGUUCAAAUAUAACAUAUCAGUCAUCUGAUCAUAGUCCAUUUGCGUUGUUACUAGCCACAUCUGUUUCCCCAUCACCAUCGUUACAAACUUCUUGUCUGACGUGUAUGCCAGUGGAACCUAAUGAGCCAGUCAACAUCAACUCCAAUUCAUCUGAUCUAAUGGAAGAAUCCCAAGAACAUUCAAACAAUGACAUAUAUCAUCAACAAAAUGCAGGUAUGACAUCCAGUCAACAAUCGAAAUGGGAGUAUAAAGCAACUAGUCAACUUACUGUUCUUAUAUCCGAAAAUACCCAAGAGAUGGUAUCAGAUGGUGAUGUAGAUAAAAAUAGAAUUAAAUUUAUGCAAUCUGAAAAAUCCAGACAUCACUUCAUACCACUACCUUUACAUGUUUGUGGUCCUCUACCACUACAUAAGUGUCCCAGAAGUACACUAUCUCCAUUUGUUCCAUUCGUGGUUGAGUUGUGUGUAACUCUUGUCGAGCGGUAUGGUCUCAAUUGUAUUGGUAUCUAUCGGCUUUCUGGAAGUAAAGUAGCCCAUGACUUUAUAACUUCUGAAUUGAGUAGAGAUAUUACCACCGUUGAUGUAAUGUCGGAUAAGUGGAAUGACUACAUGCUGUUUGCGGAGUAUUGA